AGCAGAGAGCAAGUGAAAACAGUAGCGGCAGCGGGCAGCGGCCCAGGCAGAAACAGCUCCCACACGAUUCACGGAAGCUUUCCCGUGGCCAAUCCCGGUUCCCAGGCCUUGCGCGUCCUGAUCCCAACAGCUGGAAAGGCCGCCGCCGAGACCUGCAGCAACUUGGGCAAGACCGCCCUCGGGCACAGUUGGAGAAAGCCCCGCUGAGUGCCUGGGCUGCUCAGCGCCCCCUUGGGCGCGGGCUGGCUCUUUGGGGACUGCGGCCGCGGCAGAAGGCGAUGCCUGGGCGCGCUCCCCUCCGCGUGGCCCGAGGGUCCCUGCGCGCUUGGCUGCUGGGCAGCCUGUGGGUCUGCGCACUGGGCUGCCUCUGCGGUGUGGGGACGGCGGCGCCGGGGGCCGGGGGCUCCCUGGCGGCUCAGCGCCCUUGCCAGGUGCCGCAGCAGUGGGAGGGACGCCAGGUGCUGUACCGGCAGAGCACCGGGCGCUACAGUCGCGCCCUGCUCUCUUACGACGGGCUCAACCAGCGCGUGCGGGUGCUGGACGAGAGGAAGGCGCUGAUCCCUUGCAAGAGAUUAUUUGAAUAUAUUUUGCUCUAUAAGGAUGGAGUGAUGUUUCAGAUCGAACAAGCCACCAAACAGUGCUCCAAGAUCAUCCUGACAGAGCCCUGGGACCCUCUGGACAUUCCUCAGAACUCCACCUUUGAGGACCAAUACUCCAUAGGGGGGCCCCAGGAGCAGAUCACUGUCCAGGAGUGGUCGGACAGAAAGUCUGCCAGAUCAUAUGAAACUUGGAUUGGCAUUUAUACCGUCAAGGAUUGUUAUCCUGUCCAAGAAACCUUCACCAAAAAUUACAGUGUGAUAUUGUCCACACGGUUUUUCGACAUACAGCUGGGCAUUAAAGACCCAUCAGUGUUCACCCCGCCAAGCACAUGCCAGACAGCCCAACCAAAGAGGAUGAGUGAGGACUGCUCCUGGUAAGCCUACAAACACCGAAGGGACAGCAUCGGACAUCAGAUACCAGCGGCCCCACCUCCAGCCAGAUUUGAGACUUGAGAAAUGAGAGUCUUCGUUGGAGAUAAAUAUCAUAAUUCUUUGAUAUGCUUUUUUUGUAUGUAUGGUUUUUGACUACUUGGGCUAGGUUUAAAAAAGGAAUGGAAUGGAGAAUAUGUAGUAACAUAUAAAGAGAUGGCAAACACAGGGACCUCAGGUAUUUCCAGAGCCUGUCUGGACCCUGCGCUUUCUGUGUAUGCAGGUGUAUAGGUGAUGUGGUGGCAUACGCAGGAUGAGGGGAGGGUCAUCAGGGGUGAAUGUGUUAUUACUGACAUUACUGGGACUUGCUGGAUUGCUGGCACAUCGUGAUAAAAAGAGCAGAUUGACUGUGGUCAGUGUUAAUAUUAAAUUUUAAGCUCUCUAUACACACUGGCCCCCUUAUUGCCUAUGCCAGGAUAGGGAUUGCUUCCACUGCUCCAUCCCUCCAGCACCUCCUCCUUUUCCCCCACCCUGUGCUCCCUUGGUCUCUGACACAGUGAUCUCUGAAAGUCCCUUCUGGCCUUAAGAGCUUUAUGGCAUGACCCAAUCAAUGUAAAUACUUGGGGAGGAAAUAAAAGGCUAUAGUACAAAGAAAUGAUUCCUCUAAAGAUAUAUUUUUACAUAGGAGGGUUUGGAAAAUCUUAAUGUCUAUUUCUGGGUAAGCAUGAGCCAUAUAUUCUUCCUUUUUUCUAUGCAAGAGUAUUGAUAUGUGUGCUGAAUCAACUUGUCAAGAGACCUAAAGAGACAGGUAGCAUUCUAAAAAUAGCACCGAACAGGGAUUCAGGAGACUGUUGUUUCUGAAAUCCAGGAUGAGAAUUCCCUUGUACUAGAGCUCCUUUGAUUCGCUAGAUAGACUGUGCUUCCUCUAACAUCCCUGGGGCAGCAUUUCAUAACCUCUUUGUUGGUCUGACUUCUGCUCAUCCUUCCCAGGUCAGCUCAUGCAUGGCCUUCAGAGGCUGCUCCCAAGCCUGGACUGGGUGCACCUCGUAGCUUGAACAAGUUAUUCUGAUAAUGCUUACUAGGCUGUGUCAAAAUUUCCUGCUUCCUGGACAUUCUGACUCACUAGCCUGACUAUGAGUGCCAUGAGUAUGGCUACCAUGUUCUGUUUACUUUUAUAUGCCCAGCACUAAGUGCCUAGCACAUGGUCGGUGCCCUGUAGUUUGGAGAAUGGAGAAUGCUAGCCUCUCUGGUCCUUAUUUCCUCAUUUGCUAAAUGGGAUUGGGUUUGCUGAUUUCUAGGGAGACAUCUAGUAAUAAAAUUUAUCAUUCUAGAUUCUUUCUAAUAUUGUGUUUUAUCUGGCCAUCUAUCUAUCCAUCAUCUAUUGCCAGGAGAAAUGUGUGACACCUAUGUUAUGCUGAAAACAAUCUGUAUCAUUUACAGUUUAUCUAUACUGUUUCAAUAAACAGAUUUAAUUGCA